GAUUUCAGUCAGUUCGCAAGCUCGAAAGCUGCUGGUUACACCGACUCCCUUGAUCGCACACGCUCUCUCUCUCUCUUUCUUUUUCUCUCUCUCUCUCUCUUUUUUUCUCUCUCUCUCUCUAUCCCCGUAACCGAACAUCCGUUGCUCCUCGACGCUCGAUCGUCUCCCAGUCCCUGACCUCAUCCCUGCCCGUGCGGACGGAUCAGACGUGCCGAUCGCGAGAGAUCACGCGUGCUUCGAAAGAGAGAAGAAAAAAAAGGAAAACAACACCUUUCGUAGAACGAUCCCAUUGACUCGACGAUGGCGGACGUAGACAGUGUAGUGUACACGACCACCGAGCGCAAGGUUCGCAAAGUGAAGAAGACGACCAAGCGCAGGGAGAGCCACGAUCAGAACGCUGAGGUCACGAUCACCGAGGUCGACAGCACGCAGAACAACCACCACGCCAUCGAAGAUGGCGAGUACACGAAGGCGAUGAACAAGGACUGGCACAGCGGCCAUUUCUGUUGCUGGCAGUGCGACGAGUCUUUGACUGGUCAACGCUACGUGCUGAGGGAUGAACACCCCUACUGCAUCAAGUGUUAUGAGAGCGUCUUCGCGAAUGGCUGCGAGGAGUGCAACAAAAUCAUUGGCAUCGACUCGAAGGUAUGCACAGAACGUAUCCUCAUCGAGCAUCAUAGCGAAACAUAAAUUUCAAUUAAGAUA